AUGUUCGGAUUACUCUCAUUCGUCACGGAAAUGGCACUGAUGAUGUUGGAACCGGUGUAUCAGACGUACAAAGGACUGGAGGCGGCUGAUUCGGGCGGAAACGGACUCGAACCGAACGAUUGGCGACGGCUGCUCAUCCACUGGAUUGUGUACGGCGCGUUCCGGGCGGUGGAGAGCCUGGCCAAGCCGUGGGUGCCGUUCUACGACUUACUUAAGAUCGGGGCUAUUGUGUGGUUGCGCUCGGGUGGCUCGGAUACGGUGUACCAGAUGAUCAUCCGGCCGUUCUUGGCCCAAAACGAACCAGCCAUCGACGAGUGGAUAGACCAGAUGAAUCGCACUCGAGAGACGGUGAUGGCCGCCACGUCGGUGCUCAGCGCCGCCGUCACCGCCGAUCCGGACGCGGUCGAAGAAAGAGUCCCGGAGGAAACGAUGAUGCCUGACCCGGUGCUCGUUAAUCCCCCGCCCGUCAGUGCCGAGCCGAAUACCGAGCGGAAGGAUAAAUAA